ACAUGGAGAGAGAGAGAGAGAGAGCGCGGAGUGAUUUUGAGGGCUUUCUUGGUUGUGGAGGAGAGAUUUAGAGAUAGAGAAAUGGGCGUAUUGGCAUGCAUGGGGGUGCUGUCGCCCUUCCCAUUCUACUACUGGUUGUGGACUAACCCUCAGACAUGGGUGGACCUGUGUGGCAAAGGGCAUGACCCUUCCAAAAUCAUGGCUCUUGUCUCUCACCUCCUCAAGCUCAUUCAGUUCAUCUCUCUUUUUUCCGUCUCCACCCUCUCUUGGCCGCCUCCCUUCUAUUUCUGGCCCCUCUUUAUCUUUGGCCAGUUCCUCAAUUUCAGAGUAUAUCAAUUGCUCGGUGAAUCAGGCACUUAUUACGGUGUGCGCUUCGGAAAGGAUAUUCCAUGGGUGACAGAAUUUCCUUUUGGAGUUAUAAGGGAUCCUCAAUAUGUUGGUGGUAUAUCGAGUCUUCUUGCUUGUCUAUCUUGGGUUCCCUUCUUUUACCUUCUAUUGUGGGUACUGGGCAAUGUAUUCGUGAUACUCCUGGAAUCAAAGGAAGAUCCUGCUACUCGUGCCAAGCCACUAUCUUGAACUGAGAAAAAGACACUAACCGCCAAGUUGGAAGAAUUAGAGCUGCAGAGACUAAUUUAAAUGAGGUCAUUCUCAUUUUUUGUCCGUAGCUAUAUGUUUGAGUUUUUAUGUUUAAGAUUUACUUAAAUUUAUUUCCUAAAACAUUACCAUAGCGGGAGUCUCGUGCACUGGAUUACCAUUUUUAUUUAUUAAAAUUUGUGUGCAAUUUGACUACUCUUUUGGUGUUUAGCCAAAGAAACCAACCAGAAAGAACCCUUAUUUUUUUUGGCAUGCUUCUCGUACUUGAAGUAAUGAUUGCUUAAUAUCAU